AGUAGCUGACUGCUGAUCCGCUGCCCUGGGCCAUGGACACCCCUGGCUAUCCCUCAUCGGUGGUCACGACCUCAGACCCUGGCGAUGCCUCCUCAGCCUGGCCUCUGGAUACCACCCUGGGAAACAGGUCUGCAGGCCCGGGCCCGGCAGGGCUGGCUGUCAGCGGCAUCCUGAUCCCGCUGGUCUACUUAGUGGUAUGUGUGGUGGGCCUGCUGGGCAACUCGCUGGUCAUCUAUGUGGUCCUGCGGCACACAGCCAGCCCGUCGGUCACCAGUGUGUAUAUCCUCAACCUGGCGCUGGCCGACGAACUCUUCAUGCUGGGGCUGCCCUUCCUGGCCGCCCAGAAUGCACUGUCCUACUGGCCUUUCGGCUCCCUCAUGUGUCGCCUGGUGAUGGCUGUGGACGGCAUCAACCAGUUCACCAGCAUCUUCUGCCUCACUGUCAUGAGCGUGGACCGAUACCUGGCUGUAGUGCACCCUACGCGCUCUGCCCGCUGGCGCACGGCCCCAGUGGCCCGCAUGGUCAGCGCGGCCGUCUGGGUGGCCUCAGCCGUGGUGGUGCUGCCCGUGGUGGUCUUCUCGGGUGUGCCCAGGGGCAUGAGCACCUGCCACAUGCAGUGGCCUGAGCCGGCGGCCGCCUGGAGAGCUGCCUUCAUCAUUUACACAGCCGCACUGGGCUUCUUUGGGCCACUGCUGGUCAUCUGCCUCUGCUACCUGCUCAUUGUGGUGAAGGUGCGCUCCGCCGGGCGGCGGGUGCGGGCACCCUCGUGCCAGUGGGUGCAGGCACCCUCAGGCCAGAGGCGGCGGCACUCUGAGCGCAGGGUCACACGCAUGGUGGUGGCAGUGGUAGCGCUGUUCGUCCUCUGCUGGAUGCCCUUCUACGUGCUCAACAUUGUCAACGUGGUGUGCCCGCUGCCUGAGGAGCCCACCUUCUUUGGCCUCUACUUCCUGGUGGUGGCGUUGCCCUACGCCAACAGCUGUGCCAACCCAAUCCUUUACGGCUUCCUCUCCUAUCGUUUCAAGCAGGGCUUCCGAAGGGUCCUCCUGCGGCCAUCCCGCCGUGUGCGCAGCCAGGAGCCCCCCACGGGGGCUCCAGAGAAGACAGAGGAAGAGGAUGAGGAUGAGGGUGGAGAGGGGGAUGGGGGGGAGAGGGAGGGGAAGGAGAGGAAAUGGCAGGAGCUGAAUGGUGGCCGGGUGAGCCAGAUCACACAGCCUGGCACCAGCAGGCCAGAGCGACUGCCCAGUGCGGCAGCAGGCAAGGAGCAGCGGCCCCUCCCCCAGGAGCCCUCUGCUGGGGAGAAGUCGGGCCCCCUACACAUCAGCUGUCUAUAGGGACCAGGGAAGGAGCUGGCCCGCUAGGAAGGGCAGAGGCCAUGCAUGCCGCCACAUGGGACGAUCAGAGGCCUGGGCUCUGAUCCUGUUAUUACCAGGAUUGUUGUGUGACCUCGGCAGGUCAGUUGCCCUCUCUGAGCCUUGUUUUCUUCUCUGUGACUCAGGGAUGGGAAUAAUCAGCCCGGAUAGGCUCUGUCAGAUGAGAAGCAUGGACGGCAUGGCUGCCAGGCUGACCUUCCAGAGUGGGGCCCCGGUUAGGGGAUGGGCUCUGACUGGCUGGGAGCUCAGAAGAACAGUCCAAGGCCCGGACUUCCUGGGCUCAGUCUGGGACACUGGGGGCUGAACUGGAGCCCGAAGAAGAAAGUUGAACGUGGCGGGGAGGAGGGUAUGGAAGGCUCAGGUCCCAGCUCAGCUCUCCAUGGCCACCGUGAGGCUCGGGCUGGUUCGACUCCUCUAGGCCUCCACCUCUGCCCCCUGCACACUCUGGUGCCCUCCAGGGCCCACGGGCCCAGACAGUCUCUCUGGAAACCUCAUGGAAAUCCCAUGCUCCUGGACGUGAGGAGGAAAAAGAAGCAGAUUUUCCAGCAAGUGAAUUAAAUCUUGCUUCAGGGUCUCUUACUGCUUGGGUCCUCUGGGGGCCCCACACUCAUUUUGUAUUUGUGAUUUUGUAUUCCUUUUCUUAGAGAGGGCCCCAAAAUGCAUAAGCUUAGUCUAGUUGGGCCCCUGUUGAGCUCAGCCACCUGAUCCCCAAGGCAGCUAGCGUCCCAGGGCUCUCUGUCCCAGAGGGCUCCCUAGGUAGGUUCUUGAGGGCUCCAGGAGCCUCCUGUCCCUCUCCUGCAACCUGUAUCCUCCCCACUCUGAGACCAGGUCGGGGCUGGCAUCUGCAGGCAGACACGGAAAGGCAGUGUCUAAAGAGCAGAGUGAGGGACAGAGGAAGAGGAAGAAGAAGCAGGAGGAGGAAAAAGGAGGAAAGGGAAAAGGAGGAGGGGGAGGACCGAUGUCUUUAAUGACCUUGGAGCUAACCCUGGCCCCACUGAGCUGAACUCAAUUGCUGUAUCCAAGGACCAGGGCUGACUGAUGCCCUGCCCAACUUGUCUCUAGAAAAGGAUGUGACAGGGGAAGCAAAUGUCCCCAAAGGUACAGGGCCAGUCCCUGUUGUGCUGGUAAGGCCAGUGUGGCCUUGACAGAGAUCCGGGUACUGGACAUUGGGAGGGUGAGCCUCUCACGUGGGGGUAUCAGGUCCUUCCAUCCCCCCACCCUCUACACUCCCAGGGGCUUCAGUAGGACCAUGGGGUGCACUGUCCAAGGCUGGCCGGGACACCUUGCUGAGAUGACUCCUUAGAGCCACAAGGAGGUGGCCCUGGGGCAGAGGGUACUUCUGGCCAAGCACCCCCACUCCACCCCCACCUCUCUGAGGGGAGGGGGUCCUCAGGGAAAGCAUAAGAACCAGAAUUUUGGAGACUUGGGUCUUCAACUCACCUCAGGACCCUUGACCAGCUUUGACCUCUCUGGGCCUCCAUUUCUCUGUCAUAAAAUGGUGGAUGCCCCAGCCUGCCUGCCUCCUGGGAUUUGGGGACAGAAGCAGCCAUACCGAGGAGACAGACAGUCACUGAAAUGGGUGGGCUAGGGCAGCUCAGAUGACAAAGUGGAAGUGCCCUUCCUAUCCCCAAGCUUGGCCCACACCUCUCUCCUUCAUCAAGUGGCCUCUCUGGGUCCAGCUCUUAAGGGUGAGGCUGCUUCAGGCCUUUAGAAAUGGGGGUAGGGGAGGCUAAGGGCCAGGGGCAGGGCCUGGGGACAGAGCAGACUCCUCAGAGGGGAAAGAAGGACAUAAAAACAAACUCAUGUAGAGGCUGCAGGCCUGAGGUCCAGCUCUGGUGGGGUGUGGAGCUCCUCUGAAAAGGACCGAGGGGUCAGACGGAGAAAUUGCCCCUGGCACUCUAGCCGCCCCUACUUUCCUGACUCCUGGGCAGUGAGCAAUGUGUUGCAAGGGGAGCAGGAGGCAGUUUAGGAAAUCCUUUGCUGCUUCUGCCCCUAGCUCUUAUCAAUAAAGAUGGUGACACAUGACAACA